AUGUUUGCGCAUUGCAGGAAUCCGAUCUGGCGCGUUGACGACCUGUCCGCCUGUUUUCAAUCAGACUAUCUCGAAACGCUCAUUCCACUGGUGGCGUGCGCGACCUCCCUCCUGCUUCUACUUUACCGAGUGGUUCACCAGCAGAAAACCAGACGACGCCGUGAUCGUGGCCGGGACCUUCUGGUCAGUUUCGACGAAGAUGACGUGCUCUCGGAGGAACGAGACGAGGACAGCGUUGCAGACCUCGCGCUGCAGAAGACGUACAGCCACGGCAACCAGCCUUUGAAGGACGUGAAUAGACCAACACACGAGGUCUUCCGGGUCACCAUCGAAUUUCUGCUGCUUCUGACGCAGGUAGCUGUCAGCGCGACCGCAGUGUUGAGCACAACAGGCAGAGGCAAGCGAGCUUCGAUAGCGCAGACUACCGUGGCGGCGUAUCUCGCGGUGAUUGCUGGGGUAAGGCUGAUCUCAUCGAGCACAAACCUUCAGUCACCUGUGCCAGGACUUUGGACUCACAGCGCAACGCUCUACAUCGCACAAUGGCUUUGCCAGGUUUGGGUGUUCCGUUCCGUUCUUGUGCAUCCUCCAGGCCACCUGCUUCAAGCUCUCUCGGUGGUAACAUUUGCGAUCACCACUACGCUGGUGAUUAUCGCUCUGACUGCCAGGAAAGGGAACAAGGGUGUACUCCUGGAAUACGAAGACGGCAUCGAGCCAUCCCGAGAGCCUUUGGCUAGUGUCCUGUCUUCGGCCACGUUCGCCUGGUGUGACGCGAUCGUAUGGAGGGGCUUUAAGAAGACUCUGGAACUGUCCGAUGUUUGGAACUUGGCUCUGCAGGACAAAGCCGAGACUGUCCUGGCCCACUUUCGUCAAGUUCGGAAGACUCAUUCUUUGGCCGUCCGACUGUUGUGGUACUUCAAGAUGCCAUUACUGAUACAGGGUGCGUGGUGUAUGGUUGCAAGUGUUUUCAUGUUCCUGCCGACCCUGCUGCUGAAAGCUGUCCUGGAAUAUCUGGAAAAUACAGAGACUGUGCCCGUUAGUGCCGCAUGGCUGUAUGUCAUCCUUCUCUUCGCCACUGGAGCGAUCCAAGCUGUUAGUGACGGUCAAGGGCUGUGGAUUGGUCGGAAGAUUUGCAUCCAGCUUCGUGCUAUCAUUGUCGGCGAGAUAUACUCCAAGACUCUGAGGCGGAGAGCAGCUGCUAGUACCGAUACAGACCCUGAAGAGGGCGUUACUCCAAAGAAGACUGCAUUCUGGACGAAGUUUAAAUGGGCCCGGAAGCGACAAGGUCAAAGUCAGUCCGGCGAUGCCGCUGAUACCAAGCAUCAGAAAUCGAAGAGUUCAGCGGCUAACAACGGCACAAUCAUCAACUUGAUGUCCAUCGACUCGUUCAAAGUGGCUGAGGUUUGCGCAUACCUCCACUUCCUCUGGGCUGCGGUACCAGUGCAGUUGGUCAUGGCCGUGAGCCUACUCUACAAAGUUCUCGGCUACAGCUCUUUUGUUGGCAUAUUCAUGAUGGUCCUCAUCCUGCCACUCAACCUUUACAUUGCACAUUCGUUCCAGGCGGCACAGAAACGGAUCAUGACCGCUACUGACGGAAGAAUCCAUGUCACGAACGAAGUCCUCCAAAAUAUCAGGAUCAUCAAGUAUUUCGCUUGGGAACAGCGUUUCCAGAACAACGUCAACGAAAAGAGGCAAGUCGAACUCAAUGCCUUAUGGCGAAAGUAUAUCCUGUGGGCAUCCGCAGCUACCAUCUGGAGUGGCGUCCCUAUCUUGAUCACCUUUGUCUCCUUUCUCAUGUACACCCAGGUUGAGAAACGGCCCCUAGUUCCAUCAAUCGCCUUUCCGGCACUCUCGAUGUUCUCGUUGCUUCGCAUCCCGCUGGAUCAGCUCGCAGAUAUGGUGGCUCACGUCCAAGAAUCCAAGGUCUCAGUGGACCGGGUCGAGAAGUUCUUGGAGGAAGAAGAAACCGAGAAAUACGUCCAGUUGCGCCAUAGCAGAAGAAGAAGUUUGCCAGCCACUCGCAUCGCAUUAGAGGAGGCCACCCUGACAUGGGGGACCACCAGUACGGACGCCACGGAAGCAUUCAGACUGAUCAACAUGAGCGUCGAAUUCGACAUUGGCCGCCUGAACAUCAUUGCUGGCCCCACCGGGUCCGGCAAGACAUCCCUUCUGAUGGCUUUGCUUGGUGAAAUGCAAUUGCUUAGUGGCAAUGUCUACAUUCCUGGAGGGUCAAUACGACAAGAUUUGCGGCCCGAUCCUGUUACCGGUUUGACCGAAAGCGUGGCAUACUGCGCGCAACAGGCAUGGCUUGUCAACGCAACAAUCAAGGAGAACAUUCUCUUUGCCAGCCCUUAUGAUGAGCAUCGCUAUCACGAAGUUAUCGCCAUCUGUGCUCUAGAGCGAGAUCUCGAGAUCCUCGAUGCGGGGGAUCAGACGCUUGUUGGUGAGAAGGGCAUCGCGCUCUCAGGCGGCCAGAAACAACGCAUCUCACUUGCCCGAGCAAUUUACUCGAAUUCUAAACACGUGCUUUUGGACGACUGUCUAAGUGCUGUGGACGCUCACACUGCCAAGCACAUCUUUGAGGAGGCGCUGACAGGUGAUAUGAUGGUUAACCGCACUUGCAUCCUGGUGUCACACAAUGUUGCUUUGACGGUUCCUUUGGCAAGUCGCGUGGUAGUCUUGACCAACGGUAAGAUCGUGGCCCAGGGCACACCCCAACAGAUCAUCGAGAGCGGCACACUUGGAGACGAAUUGCUCAAAUCACGGCCUGUGUCAAGAGCGAACUCAAGGCGCCCUUCACCAGUUCGGUCCAACCCCAACGAGGAGAGAUCACACUUAUCUGGUGGGCAGGUUAAUGGAGGUGCAACUUCGCAGGCCGAGGGCGCGGCCAAGCAAAAGGCUAGGACAAAUAAGCCAGACAAGCAAUUUGUCGACCACCGCCUUGAGGCCAAGGCUACAGGCAGCGUGAAAUGGUCGACGAUUCGCAUGUAUCUCCAGGCUAUGGGCCCAUGGUGGUACUGGAUCUUCGCUGCCUGUGGUUUCAUCGCAACACAACUCGGAUCAGUUGCAACCAACUUGUGGAUUCGCCAAUGGGCAAAUGCAUACCAUGUCCGAGGCGGAGACGCGAAUCAUGCCUCGGUGAAUGCUUUUCAUACCCACAGUUUUCCGUCGACAUUGAUAUUGGGAGGCUCGUACGUCCAGGUGCCACAAACGGCAGCCAGUGCGAACGGACUCUCGACCUGGAAAUCGCUAUACGACGUCGACGCGAAUUACUACCUCCGUAUCUAUGCAACCCUCGGCGCCGUGUAUGUGUUCAUAUGCUUCUCUCGGGAGAUCAUCCUGUUCUGGGGCUCCAGGCGGGCUAGUUGGCAUCUCCACGAAAAGCUGUUGACCAGCAUCCUUCGCGCCAAAUUCCGAUUCUUCGAUUCUACGCCACUGGGCCAACUGACAAAUCGCUUCUCGAAAGACAUUCAGGCACUCGACCAAGAAGUUGCACCUGUUGCCAUCGGCAUGCUUCACAGUGCAGCGUCCGUCCUGACGAUCGUGGUCUUGAUCUCCGUCAUCACUCCCGGCUUCCUGGUUCCGGGCUUCUUCAUUACGAUACUGUAUAUACUUACCGGUCUCCUCUACAUUCGUUCUUCCCGCGACCUCAAACGGAUCGAGGCUGUACAGCGAAGCCCACUCUUCCAACACUUUGGCGAGACGCUGAGCGGAGUAGUCACGAUUCGAGCGUAUGGAGACGAGGCGAGGUUUAUUCAAGACAGUCAUGCGAAGGUCAACACACACAACCGUCCAUUCAUUUAUCUAUGGGCCACUAACAGAUGGCUCGCAUUCCGAAUCGACAUGGCAGGAGCGCUAGUUUCAUUCUUCUCUGCCAUGUUUGUCGUUACGAACGCUCGCAAUAUCGACCCCGGUGCAGCAGGUUUGGCGUUGUCGUACGCCAUUACCUUCACCCAGAACGUCCUCUGGCUCGUGAGACUGUAUGCAGCAAAUGAACAAAACAUGAACGCUGUCGAGCGGAUACAAGAGUACAUCAACGUGGAGCAGGAAGCGCCUGCGCACAUUCCGGAGACGAAACCUGCGGCGAAUUGGCCGAGCCUUGGAACAGUUCAAUUCAUCGGGUACAGCACCAGGUACCGGGCAGAUCUCGAACCCGUGCUGAGGAAGGUCUCUUUCCGCAUCGAAGCUGGACAAAAGGUUGGGAUUGUUGGCAGGACCGGAGCGGGCAAGAGCUCACUCGCUCUAGCAUUGUUCAGAGGUCUUGAGGCUGAAGAAGGCAAGAUCUUGAUCGACGAUGUCAAUAUUGGGCUUAUCGGCCUCCAAGAUCUGCGCGAAGCUAUCACCAUCGUGCCUCAAGACCCGACCCUCUUCUCUGGGACUUUGCGAAGCAAUCUGGAUCCCUUUGAACUUUUCACAGACGAAGAGAUCUUCACUGCCCUUCGCCGAGUUCAGCUUGUUUCCGGCGCACAUGGCACCCCGGAUCACUCAGGGGCGACUACCCCUGUAGGAUGCUCGAGCAGAUCUCCCACCCUCCGAGAGGGUUCAAGUCCUCCCGAGAGCCAUGCUUCACUGUCUGCAAACGGGACCGUGAAGUCCGAUUCGACCCUGGUGCAAGUUUCCACCAACACAAAGGAAAACAAGAACAUCUUUCGGGACUUGAAAUCGCCUGUGGCUGAAUCUGGUUCGAAUCUAUCUCAAGGUCAACGACAGCUUCUGUGUCUAGCCAGGGCACUGCUGAAGUCGCCCAGGGUCCUGGUCAUGGACGAAGCAACAGCAUCCAUCGACUAUGCAACCGACUCUAAAAUUCAAGACACGCUCCGAGAGUUGAAGAACAACACGAUUCUCACCAUUGCCCACCGUUUGCAAACGAUCAUCGACUACGAUCGCGUUCUGGUCCUCGACCAAGGAGAAGUGGUUGAAUAUGCUGAUCCCUGGGAAUUGAUACAGAACGAGGACGGUCAUUUUAGGUCCAUGUGCCAAACGAGCGGCGACUUCGACACUCUCUACGAACUAGCAAAGAAGGCGUGGCACGACAAAAGAUUGAUCGACGACUCUUGA